AUGGAUGCUGCAGCCAGAAGCCCCCUUGGCUGGCUCUGUGCAGGUGCCACCAGGCUUUUUGGGGUCACCAUGGCCCACAGGAGCCCGCUGCCCAAAGCCAAGGUGCUGCUCUGCAGCCUCCUGCCUGCCCUGCUGUGCGUGGCCACGCUGGGGGCUGGCCAGGGGCUGGGGGUGUUUGUGGCCAUGUGCCUGCUCUGCUCCGUGUGCCUGGGGGACAGGGACCUGCUGCCCGUGGGGGACAGAGCCGUGCUCAUCACAGGUAGUGACACUGGGAUUGGACAUGCCCUGGCUAAGCACCUGGACAGCCUGGGGUUCGUUGUGUUUGCUGGGGUUUUGGACAAGGAUGGCCCCGGAGCUGCGGAGCUGCGGCGCUCCUGCUCCCAGAGGCUCUGUGUCCUGCAGCUGGACAUCACCAACACCACCCAGGUCAGGGAGGCCUACCUGACAGUCUCAGAGAAGGUGCAGAACGCAGGGCUCUGGGGUGUUGUGAACAACGCAGGAAUCCUGGGCUUCCCUGCUGAUGGGGAGCUGCUCCCCAUGAGCACCUACAGGCACUGCAUGGAGGUGAACUUCUUUGGGGCUGUGGAGGUGUCCAAGACCUUCUUGCCAUUGCUGAGGAAAUCGCAGGGGAGGCUGGUGAACAUGUCCAGCAUGGCAGGAGGCAUUCCACUACCGAGGUACGCAGCGUACGGGGCAUCCAAAGCAGCUCUGUCCAUGUUUUCUGGAGUAAUGAGGCAAGAGCUUUCCAAAUGGGGCAUUAAAGUCAUGGCAAUUCAUCCAUCAGGCUUCAGAACAGGUAUCGAAGGCACAGCAGAGCAGUGGGACAGGCAGGAGAAGGAGCUGAUGGAGAACCUCCCUGCAGACACCAGGCAGGCCUAUGGCGAGGAAUAUCUCCUGGGGCUGAGGAAUUACCUGCUCCACCUGCCCUCCCACUGUGCCCCCGACCUGUCCCCUGUGCUGGGCUCUGUCCUGCAUGCUCUGCUGGCCAGGAGACCCCAGGGCCUCUACACCCCUGGCAAGGGAGCCUACGCCCCCCUCUGCAUCUUCUGCUGCUUCCCCCUCUGGUUCUAUGACUUCUUCAUCAGCAAGGUGCUGAGUGCUGGCUCUGUCCCAAGGCAGCUGAGGACAUCAGGAGAUGAAGGCAAGAACCUCUGA